UCUGGUUCCGUCUGCGGCUCUGCCACGAGAAAUGGCCUUGCUUGACUCCCCACGACCGUCACCGGAUGUCCAGCGCCGGCGAGUUCCGCUGGACAGAUGCUGGAGCGUACCGUUCGCCUCGUCCUUGUCCGCCUUCUUAUUGGUGCAUGAACAGCUCAUGCUACGGCUUUUUCUACGUGCUCUUCACGCAAAAGUACGGGAUCACACACGGUCAGGCAGCCUGGCCUUCGAGUGGUUUGGUCAUCGCUGCAACCCUUAUGUGCUUAGUGGUCAGCCAGCUGCAAGAUAAGGUGUCCGUCUACCACAUCACCCUUGCGGGAGGCUUCCUGGCUUCACUUGGUCUCGUGGCUUCCGCCUUCGCUCCAAACAUUUCAUGGAUGACGUUUACAUUCGGCGUGCUCUACGGAGCUGGACUUGGCACAGCCCUGCUGGGUUACACACUGUAUAUCCUUCUCUACUUCAAGAAAUAUAGCGGUACUGCAUUUGCAAUAAUGUGGACAACAAGGGCUUUUUCCGGAAUGGCAGGCACACAACUACUAUGGCACCUGGCGAACACGUAUGGAGUUGAAGGCUGCCUUCUUAUAACCGGCGGCCUACUGUUGAACGUAGUGCCAUUCACAAUGUUCAUCAAGUCGCCCAGCCCAACUAGAAUCAGUUCCUGUGGAUGUACCAAAAGGCGAAGAGAAAAACUAUACAACCCAUGUGCGCAAAAUUCAUUAAGCAAAACUAAGAAAAUGCCAUCACCACAAUCACAUAAUAUACCACAGGUGCUUCCUCCGCCUGAGCGCCUGUGCGGAACUACCAGUUCAUUCGCACGUGCAAUGGCCAGCAUGCGAACCUGGUCUUUCUACGUGACUGUAUUCUACAAUGCCAUGUGUGAGUACUUGUUCGUGACCUUUAACGCGACGGUGGUCGCGUAUGGUGUCGACAAGGGUUGCACACUCGAAGACAGCAAACAGGUUGUAGUUUACAACUCCAUGGGACUUCUCGUUGGCCGGGUGAUCAUUCCAUUCGCAACUGACAAAAUUAGCUCAUCUCGUUCCCCUGCGGCCGUGGGGAGCUUUUUAGUAGCUGCCAUAUGCUUUUUCUUGAUAACAUGCGUCUCGACGUACACUGGCCUGGUGUUAGCGGCCUCCGUCCUGGGAGUCGCGCAGGGCUACGUGCUGUGCAUCAAGUCCGUGAUCGUCUCAGACCAUGUGGGCUUGGAAUGCUUCACUUUCUGCUGCGGCGUGGGAGGGCUGUUGUCAUUACCACUGUGGCUUUCGGGACCUUCAAUUAUUGGUUUCUUCCGAGAAAAGAACGGAUCGUACGAUUAUCUUUACGUCAUGCUAGCCAUCUUGUGUCUGGUACACGCUGUACUUUUGGGGUUGCUGACGUGGCGCGAAGCAAUGCAGAGAAGACAGCAACUGGAGCAGCGAUUCUAUGACAGUGUCGCGCAAGAGUUACAGCCCACAAAAGAACUCUGCGCGGUUUGAUGGUUAAGAUCGUAGUGCUGUGCUGGUCUGUGUGUCUGCUUGUAAUUGAAAGACAGAUCAGCCACCAGAGAAAUUGCAAGCUGAUGAAAAUGCGACAGGUAACUUGUUUAAAGGAACCAAAGCGAGAAAGUCGCGCCUCGUAGACAAAGUACGUCAUGCGAACAAGGCACCAAAUUUACAAGAGCGUUCGUUCACAGCAACUCUUUUUCGGCAACCAACCGCUCUUGCUUCUCACCGCUAUCGCAUUUGAGCGGCGCGAUGUCCUCUAAACUGCAGACGCAAUGUUUCCAGAAUGUGAAAUUAAACUUGAAAAGCAAACCAAUUUAAUUCAACGCCCAUGACCGUCUGUUGAAUUCCGUUGUGGCCUAAAUCAUUGGGCCACAUCCAAUGAUUUAGCGCUUCUAGGUAUACGCAUCUUCGCCUGCACUCUAACAUAAAUGCUGAACUCAUGCAAAGGUUGAAAACAUUAGCACGUCAGCUUGUGGUAGAUAGUGGGCAACUGGUAUGCUUGGAGAAGUGUACCAAGCCUGAAACAGUUCUGGUUUCUAGAGACGGUAUUCAUAUCUCCUUUAAAGUAAAACUAUCCCUUUAUUAUUUUAUUUCAAUCUUCUGACGUCCAAUUUCUGUGACAACCGACGCAAUAAUGGAGGUUGACCUACACCCUUGUUUCAACAGCCCAAUAAAACGCUC